UUUUUUAAUGAAGCAAGCCAUGAUACAUGGUUAGGUUGUAAAUAUAAAACGACCUGGUGAUUUGUUAGUAAAUUAAUGUUCGUUUAGCGCGUGCCUGCUUUUAAGUUGAACCAUUUAACGAGUUGAAUUGUGCGCGCGCUUCACGCUAACACACGUUUCCACGAGCCUGCGCUUAUUUAAAAAAAAAAAAAAAAAAAUGGAGGAGAGUGAGAGGGAAGUAGUGAGUGAGCUCGGUUCUGAAAGUUUCACCUCGUGUAAGCAGCAGAACACAGGCGGAGAAGAUGAUAGUGAUGAUAUUGACAGGAAACUGGACAUUAGUUCAGACCAGUUUGACCCGCUGCUUGCCCUGUAUUCUUCAGCAGUUCCUUUGCCUUACCCCAACAUCAAGUGCUUUAACAACCUCGCGGAAUACGAAAGCUUUAUGAAAGGUGGUCGUGGAAGGGCGAAACCCGAAAACGUGGAGAAAAGAAUCCGGAAAGCGAAAAGGGGAGUACCGGAUCCGGAGAGAAUAGAGAGGCUGAAGCAGCUCAUGGUGCAAAAUCCGACGGAGGAAUCGGAGGAGCGCGGGGCGAAGAGACACGCUGCCAGGCGCAGAGCUCCGAAGAAUGUUCUCACACGGAUGCCAUUGCAUGAGGGCAGUCCUUUAGGAGAACUGAACCGCUGCGUCCAACACCGACUCCGAGUCAAAGUCCACAUCCGCUCGUUUAAGGGGCUGCGCGGAGUGUGUACCGGCUUCGUGGUGGCUUUCGACAAAUUCUGGAACCUGGCGAUGGUGGAUGUGGAUGAAACCUACAGGGAGCCAUUACUUGGAGAGGCAUUCUACCAUGAAAAAGCUCUGACUGUUACAAGGCUGUUUCAAAAGUUGCAAGUACAAACUGCACUUGGGAAAGCAUCAGAGGCUGUAACUUCUAAAGAAGAUGAUCCUGGUGCUAAGCCACACCCUAUUAGCACAAGCAGCAUCGCGAGGGUUCAAUCCUCCAGAAAAGCAGCAGAGAGACUGGCACAGUCUGUAAAAAACCUGGAAGUGACUGGCGCGGGAAUGUCGAAUAUAUCUGCUGGUUCUAAACGGAAACCGAAGGUGUCUAAGCCAAAAGUGGAGUAUGGACGAGUACGUACUCGUCACGUCAAUCAGCUCUUUAUCCGGGGAGAAAACGUUCUCCUUGUGAAUAUUCAACAAGAGUAGCAGCGUUGUGCUAGCUGGUUGUGUGUGAAUAGCCGCUGUUUCUGAUUCUAAGCACAUUUUCAGAGUCUUCUCAAUGUAUCAUAUUGAUAUGAUUUAUAAUCCUACUUGUAGAAGUGGAAACAAUAUGAAUAAACCAAAUUUGUUCUUUGCAA